CUAGUACAUGUCCGAUAGCCCAGGAUCCAAGUUUCUCGCAGAUAGUCUCCACCACACCAUCCGUGUGCAGCGGCACUUGAGUACCAGUAUGAUCAUCUCUACUCAAGAACCGACCGUAUCCACGGACCUUAUAGCGCUUUGCAACAUCACCGUCAUUCAUCGCUUUACGAGCCCUACCUGGUAUGCCGCAAUCAAGAGACAUAGCAGCGCCCUGGACGACAACAAGGCUCUCAUGCAGCGGAUCGAGGGAUUGGAAACCGGAGAAGCGCUUGUGUACUGCCCGAACACUGUACUCACGAAAAAUGACGACGGAAGCUUAGUAAAAGCUACGGGCCGGCUGCUUAAGGUCAACAUCCGGAAAAGGAUAACGCAAGACGGUGGCGAGUCGAUCAUGGCCGUGUGAUUGGUUGCGCAUGCUCUGCAGGUGUACCGGCGUGGGUCGAGCAUGAUUCCUGGGCGUUUUGAGUGGAUGUGAUUA